UUUCGAACUGUUUUAGAUGACUCAUGGAGAUAUCAGUAAUUGCUACACGAUAUAUUUGCUGGUCUCAAAGAAGUUGUGAACAAAUUCGCCAGAGAUUGGUCCAUACUUACAAUCCAGAUUCUCCUACAUCAAUCGAGCUGAAUGCGAAAAUAUAUCAUGCAAUUACCACGUUCUCGAGUACGGGUAAAAAUAUAUGUAAGGUCAACUUACGCACAAUGAAGCAUACUUGUGGUGAUGCAUCGCAAGUCUGCUUCGAAUACCCACGUAGACUGUACAAAUCGGAUAGACAGUCUAAUAUCUUCAAAAAAGCAAUCGUCAAUCGUUCGUUUUUUUCUCUUUUUGUUUUUCUUUUCUCUUCUGCAAGUCAACAUGCGAAUAGUUCAUAAGAUCUUCCUCGUAACAUUCACGCUCGCAGUUCUUUCCAGUUUUGACAAACGGACUAAAUACUACUCGUUUUAAUUUUGACGUGAAUUUCGUCAGUAUCUCUUCGUGACUUUUGAUAAAAUAGGUUUGGCACGAGACUGACUUUAUGCAAAUUAGAAUUUUACGUCACAUAUAUAUCGAUGCUUUGUGUGAUGAUCAUACUGUACACUGACAAUACUUAUGAAGUAUGUAAUUAUCACAGUCUCCGCUUGUGGUAUAUUUUAUCGUUAGCAACUGUGCGUUAGUGCAAUUGUUGAUACCUUUGCACAAUCGC